AUUUCUUCAAAACAAUCAGCUCAGUGGCUCAAUCCCUACUGCAAUCAGCACCCUUACGAACCUGCAGACGCUAGUACUUUCUGAGAACCAGCUCAGUGGAACAAUUCCUGCUGCAAUCGGCAACCUUGCAGGACUGGACAAUCUAGUACUUUCUUUUAACCAGCUCAGUGGCACAAUUCCUGCUGCAAUCGGCAACCUUGCAGGACUGCGCUUUCUAUUUCUUGACAGCAAUCAGCUCAGUGGCUCAAUCCCUACUGAAAUCGGCACCCUUACGAGACUGGAGCAACUAGAACUUGCUGAGAACCAGCUCAGUGGAACAAUUCCUGCUGCAAUCGGCAACCUUGCAGGACUGGACAAUCUAGUACUUUCUUUUAACCAGCUCAGUGGCACAAUUCCUGCUGCAAUCGGCAACCUCGCACAACUAUACUCUCUGUCUCUUUCUAGCAAUAAACUGAGUGGCACGAUUCCCACUGCAAUAGGCAACCUUAAAAACCUGCGUAUCCUUGAUGUCUCCCGCAACUACCUCACAGGCCCCUAUGUGAAGCUUCCAUUCGUCAUCAUAGCGGACCUCUCCAGCAACUACCUGUCGGGUGUUGUGUCCGGACGUGACUGCCGUCAACACACCAUCGUCGCCAACUGCUUUGCACCAAAGAAAGCCUGUGAACCUGCCAAUCAGCGGCCUGCAGCACAGUGCAUGGCGUUCUGUGGCAUCUCUCCAACCACUGCUGCCUGUGGUGGCUUCCAAGGAAGUAUUUUCCCACCAUUCACGGUGCUCACCAAAGGCACUCAGCAGAAAACAGUGGGGAAGUUCAUGCCGAAGCCAGUGGCCUUGUUCUUCUACCCGCGUGGUGUGACAUCGGGGUGCGGCUUUGAGUUGGCCUUCAAAGUCAACUUCACGUUUUCUGUGAUGCUCCAGUCUGGUACUGCCGGGUCGAACGGCUUUGCAUUUGUGAUUGCAGCAAAGCCCAAGGUGGGGAAGGCUGGAGGUGUGGGGUAUCGUGGAGUGGGACCUCGGAGCCUGGCCAUUGUCUUCAACACACCUCAGGAUGAUGCGGGCGAGCAGCACGUGGGGCUGAGCAUCAACGGCACAGAGGAACCCUUGGUCACGGAGGUGUCACCGUUCGCUUUCACCGAUGGCAAUGCAUACACUGUGUGGGUGGAUUAUGAGCCUGGAAAUCCCAGCACCAUUCAAGUGUUCCUGGCAAACUCAAACGUGAAACCGGAGGAGCCGGUGGUGCAGGGGAGGGUGUCGCUGUGUGGGGUGCUGCAGCCUGGAGUGAAGCAGCAAGCGUUCUUCUUUGGCUUCGUGGCGUCCACCACUGUGAAGCCCUUCCUGAUGCAAGCGUUCCUUUACCAAAGCCAGUCGAGGUCAAAGAGCAAGCCUAUCUUCAUCACUCCAUCAUUAUUGUAUGCUUCAUCUUGCUUCGCCGUCGCCUUCCUCUCAGAUGCGUGCUGGGCGUAUGCGGUGGUGGCGAGUGUGGAGGCGGCAUACGGCAUUGCAAAGCACCAGAGCGCUCCCCGGUUGGCAGUGGAGGGUCUCUUCGCCCUCAUGGGGCUCUCCGACUCCGACAAGUGCUCCGCUGGCGGCUCUCCCACCCACGCCUUUGAGACGCUCGUGGCUCUCGAUACCUCCAGUGGGCUCACAGGGGAUAGUGACCUGGUAACAACGUACCCGGUGCAGGCAUUUGAGCGAGCGCAGUUCAAGGGGUAUGUGGGUCUCAUGCUGGCAGUGCAGCGGCAGCCAGUGGUGGUUCACAUCGAGGUGUCUCCGACCUUCAUGAAGUAUGAUGGGACGUAUAAAUUCCAGGAUCCUGGUUGCUACACGGGCAAUCUCAACCAUGUUGUACUCGUUAUUGGCUACUUCAUCACAAGAAAUGAUGGCAGCCAGAACCGUGUUGCUCCUCCGUUUUGGAUCAUCCGCAACUCGUGGGGAGAGGAUUGGGGAGACGGGGGCCACAUGCGCAUGGACAUUCAGGGAGGGGAUGGCGUGUGUGGAAUCAACGUGCUGCCUGGCAUCUACCCAAUUGUGAAGAUUCCAGGGGACCCCUGUGGAGAAAGCAGCUACAAGGGCGAUGGGGACUUGCAGCCCAGCAUGAACCCGUGCGGCAGGUUCCAGUGCCAGGGGAAGACAGCAAGUAGCAAUAAUUGCUCCUGCAAUAUUCCUACCGCUACUGUGCAGCCUUUUGUAGAGAUUGCAAAUGGAAUUGGCUCCACAUGUGCUUAUGUGGACGUGUGUGGGUCAUACUUCAAGAACCCCUGCUAUGUGGGAGCAUGCAUCAAUGAUGGCAAGGGUUCCUACUCUUGCAUAUGCCCUCCCAACCACAUUAAAAGCACAACAGUGGAUGAUUUCCCGACCUGCGAUCCAACUAAUACCACGGCGACCACAAUGACAGUUAGUGGAGACAACUGGAGGUGCUCGGAUGUUCAUCUGCUUAUUGGCCUCUCAAUGAUUGACUUCAUUGACCAGAAUAUAGGCAUCGACUGCAGCCAGCCAUUGCCCAAGGGCAGUGUCCUUCAGCUGGAUGGUACUCCCGCCACACCCUGCACUGCCUUCUUCUACUCCCUCAACGGGGACACCUGUGCAUCCAUCAGCACACCGCUCAACUUCAAAAUGGAGAAUCUCAUUGCGCUCAACCCCGGCCUUGACUGCUCCAAGCCCAUCAAGGCGGGCCUUUCUGUGUGCCUCGAGCGCAGUGCUGCCUUCGCCUUCACCGUGCCCGCGUGUGUGAGAUAUGGCACGCUCGCACCUCAAGACACAUGUGACCAGCUGCUUAAGAGGAACCGCAUUUCACAAGGGGGUGUCACUGUGGAUGCAUGGGCUGCGCUGUACCGCAACAAUCCCGGCCUCACUUGCUCCGCCACCAUCCCUUCCUCUGCCUCCGCUAUCGGCAGCAACAUUGGUGUGCAGGUGAGGAUUGUGAGGGCUGGGGGAGGUUGA